UUUAGAAGAUUUCUUGUGAACAAAUCUGUGGACCCCGUAGUUUGGUUAUUAGAGAAAGAAAAAACGGUUGAGAAGUUGCGGUACUAACAUUAUAGUUAAUCGAUUGUUUAAUCGGCUUUUUCAGGUUGGCAAUGGGGACAAGAGUAUAUAUUGGUCGCUUAAGCCAUGACUGCCGAGAAAGAGAUAUUGAAAAAUUUUUUAAAGGUUAUGGAAGGAUACGUGAGAUUCUGAUUAAAAAUGGCUUUGGUUUUGUGGAGUUUGAGGAUUAUCGUGAUGCUGAUGAUGCUGUUUAUGAACUUAAUGGAAAAGAACUGUUAGGGGAACGAGUUUCUGUUGAAAAAGCCCGGGGUCAGCCUCGCGGAAGUGACCUCUGGUCCUCUAGAAGUCGGAGUAGGAGGGCACCUCCGCGCUGGCAGGCAGGACGAAACAAUCGUAGUUACAAUCCAAGGUAUGGCCCACCUACUAGAACAGAAAAUCGUGUAAUUGUUGAAAAUCUCAGUAGCCGUGUAAGUUGGCAGGAUCUUAAGGAUUACAUGAGACAGGCAGGAGAGGUAACCUAUGCUGAUGCUCAUAAGCAAAGAAAAAAUGAAGGCGUUGUGGAGUUUGCAACAUUUUCAGACAUGAAAAAUGCCUUAGAGAAGUUGGAUAGUACAGAGUUAAAUGGCAGAAAAAUCAGAUUGUCUGAAGACAGAUCAAAGAAACGAAGAUCCAGGACAAAGUCUCGUUCAAGAAGUCGAAGCAGAACACCAUCCAAAAGUCGUAGCCGUAGUAAGUCUCGCUCUAAGUCCAGGUCUCGUUCUCGCUCAAAGUCUGCUUCACGAAGCUCUAAAAAUUCUCGCAGUAGAUCCAGGAGCAAAUCCAAGUCAAACUCUCCUUCCCGGUCACCGAAAGAGAACUCACCUCCAGCAGAGGAUACUGAAAGGGAUUAAACUUACAAUGUACAUACCAUACAUGUGGAUUGAUAUGAAUAAUUUGUACAGUCUUCUUUUUGUUUGUUUGUUGUACUUGUUGGUAUUCAUACAAUCAAGAUGAAUUAUGAAAUAUGAGCUUCUUAUUCAGUAUAUCUUUCGCACGUGCUCAUCACCAGCAGAUUAUUUUUCUUUCGGUUUAGUUGGAAUAGUAUCCAUCUUGGUAUUUUUGUUUGUGUGUCACUUGUCUGUUCUUUAAAAAUUAAAACAUAUCUGUUACAUUUCACUAGAGUAUGAAAAGGUUCAGGCUUUACUUGUCCUGUAGCUAAAGUUAGUUAGCAUUUCUAAAAUCUAGGUAGUAGCUUCAUUAAAGUGAAAUUUCAGAGUCAAAUUGUAAUGUCAAAUAAAGUUUACAUCCUAUUGUAA